AUGGCUACAACCAACUUUUUAACGGUGAAAACGCAUUUAUCGGAAUUUAAACAUCCAGACAAAGAUACGUUGAGUGAAGCUUCCGAAAGUGGAACGAGUAAUUCUGUGACGUCAGCAGAAGACCUACAGAAAUUAGCCGUGAUUCUUGGGCUAAACAGUGCUGAAGAUGUAUACCAGGAGAGAUUCCGUGUUGACCGACGACGUUUGGAAGCAAUGCUUGCUGAUAAUUUGGAUGAAUCACAAACAGCGCAAGCAUUUUUCCACCGGGUUAUGACUGAAACUAACACUUUAAUAAAUUGGCCCGCUCGUCUAAAAAUCGGAGCGCGUUCAAAGAAAGAUCCACAUGUGAGAGUCGCUGGACGGCCUAAUGAUGUGAAGCUGGCUCGAGAGAAAAUAAUUCAGUUAUUAGACACAAGGAAUAACCGGGUUACAAUGAAGAUCGAUGUCAGCUACACAGACCAUUCGCAUAUCAUCGGAAAGGGUGGACUUACAAUCAAACGCGUGAUGGAGGAGACAGGCUGCCAUAUUCAUUUCCCGGACUCAAACCGCACCAGCACAGUUGAGAAGAGCAACCAAGUCUCCAUCGCUGGUGACAUGGAACGCGUCGAGAGGGCUAGAGCACGUGUUCGAGCCCUGACUCCACUGGUAUUCUGCUUCGAGCUACCGAUAGUGCCCAGCUCACAGCCGCUGCCCGACAUCACUUCGCCAUACGUGCAGAAUAUACAGGACCAGUAUAAUGUACAGGUAAUGCUGCGUAACCGUCCGAAGCUGCACGCCAACUUGUUGGUGGUGAAGGGAGUGCAAUGGGAGGUACAGGCCACCAUGGAGGCGACCAAUCUGCUCAUGAACUACAUGUGCGGACCCUUGGCAAGUCAAACCCAAGUGCAGAUGUCGUUAGAAAUAUCUCCCAUGCACCAUGGAGUGGUUGUGGGUAGGGGUGCGGAACAGCUGAAGGUGAUCAUGAAAGGAACAAACACACAGAUCAUGUUCCCUGAUGCUGAUGACCCUAAUAUACCGGUGAUUAAGAAGAGCUGCGUCACUAUUACCGGGAAUAUCAAGGAUGUUUACGCUGCCAGACAACAGUUGGUGGGUAGUCUCCCAUUGGUGGUGAUAUUCGACGUAUCAGAUGAAGCGUGUCGGAUUGAGAGCGAGCUAGCAAACAAGUUGAUGCACAAAUACAAUGUCUACAUCAACAUACGACGCAAGCCCAAGCAGGGGAUCACAUCCGUCGUCGUGAAGGGCAUCGAGCGAUGUGCUGGUGACAUCUACGAAGCUCGCCGCGAACUCCUGGGCGACAAGGAGCCGGUCAUAACCGCGGAAAUACCAGAAUCCUAUAACAUUCCCUCCAUAUCCGCGAACAAUUUGCCCAACUUUGGCGUCUUCAACCCGUUCUCGCCAACACAUGGGGCCAAUAUGACUAACUCCCCUUGUUCGCCGUUCAAUUUGCCGCUCUCCGAUUUAGCAAACUUUGCCAACUUGUCGCCAAUGUUUGCUCACAACCCGCCCACGCCGGGAGGUUACCCGAGUCCAUUGUCACCGGUGGCGUUGACUCCUCCAGUAUACCCUAACUCCUGGAUGGUGCCUUCUCCUCAGCCUAGAAGCGGGCAGUUCCACUAUCCCAAUUUGAUACCUAAUCCGAAUGCUGUCAUGUAUAAGAACCAGGGUGGUUCAUGGAACCCAAUGACGAACGGAGCCGACAUCGUGGGCAUUCCUCAACAGAUGAUGAUGCAGACGCCUUACCAGCAGAUGCCAGCUGACAACAGAACUACGACACUGAGCCAGAUCCUAAACUCGAGCUCGCAGGCGAGCAGCGGAUACCAGAGCAACUUCACAGGCAGCUCCGUGUCGCUUGAUACUCAGAACAUAUCUGACAGACCCGAGAUAAACAAUUUGUGGAUCACACAAAGUGUUGCUCCGUUUGGAAUCGAACUCGCCACACGUUGCGCGGCAGCCAGGUGCCUGUGCGCUUGCCCAUCCACCGCGCCAACGGUGCAGUCAAUGCCAAAAUAUUGUGCCCUUAUCUUGACAAUAAGACACAUUGGUUCAGGUGGCGGUGACGGCAGUAACGUGGUGUCUCCCUCGGUGUCCCCCAUCAGUAAGGGACAACACAGCAGUCACAGUCCCGCGCCCUCCACUGACGCUGAGCGCUCACAACAGGAAUUAGCGAACAUUAUAUCAGAUUUGCCAAUAUCUGAUCGGCGCGCAGUUGGCUGUGAGAAGAAGACUCUAGAGGCACUGAAUAAGCUGUCCCCACUCACUGAGUAUCGGAAGAUGAAAGCUGAAGCUAGUAAGAGGGUUAUACGGAUUUUUUAUGUCAUAAUGUCAGCAAACGAGCUUACGGAUUACCUGAUGGCGAUGCGUGAGAAUGUAGGCAGCGGGUACCGCGUACCUAACCAGCGCUGGUCCGGCUACUACUUUAGCCACACCUCGCCGGGACCUAUCAACCUGACCGACAAUAAUAACAACGAAGUUGUUACUCCGGAAAAGGGCUGGAACCGUUCGGAGCUGGUCCGGCCGAACAUAGUAGAGGCGGCGUGCUCCCCCGGGCAGACUGCGGCGCAGUCCCCGCCUGCGGCCGCGCCGCCCGCCACCUGCCGCUACCAGCAGCUCAUUGCGCUGCUUCGAGAUGUCGGCCUGCACAAGUAUAUUGACUUGUUCAAGAAGCACGAGUUAGACAUGUCUACGUUCACGUCGCUGAACGAGGCGGACCUCAUUGAGAUCGGUGUCACUGCCUUCGGAGCUCGUAGGAAGAUGCUGCUAUUGAUAGCAGAUCUAAAAGCCAAUAAAGGCAAUUACCAAAGCUCUGCUGGCGGUGAACGCAAGAUGACAAGUUGUUACGCCAGUGAGACUGGCAUAUCGAAGUGA